UCUGAAACAUGGCCGUUCUGACGCCAUGUCCGCAAUGACAAAGACAUAAAAAAUUCAGGAAUUUGUCCUGAUGUCCGCAUUUAAUAGAAUCAUAUCUUUGUUAGAAACUGAGUUUAAAUAUUUUAGAAGGUCGUUUUGUACAGAGGGAGUAGAAAGCUUCAAAGAAAUUUGGAGCUUUCGCAAUUUAAUUUAUGGAAUAAUAUGAAUCUGGAUUCGUUAUCAUUUGCUUUAGCAGAAAUCAGUUAUUCCGUGGCAAAUUUCACAAAGAAAAACUACAGAUCUAGUGUAGCUGAAAUAAAUCAUUUGGUGAGUCAACACGGGGCUGAGGCAGAUAGACAUCUGUUUCGCUGCUUAUUCUCUCAUGUCGACUUUAGUAGUGAUGGUAAAAGUGCUGGGAAAGAUAUCCAUCAGACCCAGUUUUUGAUACAGGAGUGUAAUUCACUUUUGACAAAGCCCAACUUUGUUUCAACCUUGUGUUUUGCAAUAGAUAGUCCCUUACACCAUCAAAAGACUUUAAAACCAUCAGUGCACCUGUUCUCACAAAUCAGUAAGAUUUUACGUCUGACUCGUGUUCAAGAAGUCGUGUUUGGUCUCGCACUGUUAAACUCCUCCAAUUCGGAAAUCCGAGCUCACGCCACUCAGUUCGUGAAACAGAAGCUUCCAGAUUUACUGCGAUCAUAUGUAGAUGCCGAUUCGGCUGUGAGACAAGAGGGUGGACUUCAAGACAUUGCUAUUGAAGUUCUACAUCUGUUGUUAGCUCAUCUUGUUCACUCGAAAGAACAGUUUGGUAUUGGUGUUGACCAGAAGGAAGCAUUUCUCAAAACGCUUAGAAAAGAUUUUCCUCGAGACCGUGUACCUGUUGUAAUUGGACCAUUACUAUAUCCUGAAACAGAAGACAUAUCAGUGGAUAAACUAACAUUUGUUACCAAUAUGCCGAAAACACAUCUUGAUGCCUCUUUAGCGGAUAUGAUUUUGGAGUCGGGCUUUGCCUGUACGUCCACUAUAGAAGAAUGUCGGAACAUUCUGCUACAGUUUGGUCAGAGGGAUAUAUCCCCCAGCGUGGUGGCUCAUGUCCUUGGCAUGAUGGCAAAAACACCAUCCGCUCUAUCAGAUCAGCCAGGACAGGGAAGUGUUGCACCUGGUAGUGGGUGGGGUGAUAUGAAGGACAAGAUGGAUCAACCUGGUGUCAAUAUGUGGAACGUAGAAAACUUUGUCCAAGUUGUACAAGAUUUGGCACCUCAUAUGAGUUGGAGGGAUGUUGUAAAUGAACUUGACUACCCGCAGUUCAUGGUGGCCAAUAAACGGGGUUUACGUCUGUUAAUGAAGGGGCUCAUUCAGGGACUACAGGAAAUCUUCCCUGUAGAAUACAUCUACAGGCAGUGGAAAAACACAGAAGGCCAGCUAUCGUUUAUAGUACAGUCAUUACGUAACGCAGAUGUGUUCUGUUUUGCCGACUAUCCAUGUCAUGCGGUUGUAAUAGAUAUACUGAAAACAGCACCAGAUGAUGAGAAACGGGAUAUUGCUGUGUGGAAAUCUUUGGAUUUAGUGGAAGUGUUGCUACGGUUAUCUGAAGUCGGCCAUUACCAACAGGUGUCUGAGUUGUUCAAGUUUCCAGUACAGAACUGUCCUGACAUGCUAGUCCUUGCACUUCUUCAAAUUACACCAACUUGGAACACAUUGAAACAGGAGCUGAUAUCAACCUUGAUGCCACUGUUUCUUGGCAAUCAUCCAAACUCUGCAGUUGUACUACACUAUGCCUGGCACUGUCAAGGUCACUCGAGCACCAUACGUACCCUCAUCAUGCACUCGAUGGCGGAGUGGUACAUGCGCGGAGAACCACAUGACCAGACACGGUUGUCGAGAAUAUUGGACGUGGCACAAGACUUGAAAGCACUGUCCAUGUUGUUGAAUGCCACACCAUUUGCAUUUGUGAUAGAUUUAGCUUGUCUAGCGUCUAGGAGGGAAUAUUUGAAACUUGAUAAAUGGCUGAGUGAUAAGAUCAGAGAACACAGGGAGCCAUUUAUACAGACAUGUGUAACAUUCCUGAAGAGACGCUGCCCCCAGCUAGUGGGCGGGUUCCCCAAGGAUGAUCUACAGUCAAAGAGUCAACAGUUACCUCCUGAAACCAUAGCAACCAUGCUCACUUGUCUACAAGUCUGUGCAAGUAAUGUAAGCCAGGAGUUAUCAGAGGUGAUAUUAACAAUGAUAGCCAGUGCAAGUGUGCUUAUGAAGCAGAGGCAAGCCCCUGUAGGCCCCAAACCUCCCAACCCAACAGCCCCUGGUCCACAGGUAGGCCCAGGCCAAGCCGGACCUGUGGGUGGAGGAAUAGGUGCGGGUAAUAACACUGGACUUGGGCUCGGACCAAACAUGGGACAAACAAACCUAGGCUCUGGUUUAGGAAAUACACCUUCACAGUUGGAUCAAGCUGACACACUAGGGAUCCCCAAAUCAUGGGGUGUUCCAGGCCAGCCAAGUACUGGUUUUGCUGGUCUAGGUGCCACCACAAACCCAACACCUGGAUCUCCAGCCAAAGGUUUUCCGACACCUGCAAGCACAGGAUUUGGUGGUGGUAUACAGAACUUGACCUCUCAGCUGCAGAAUCUGACUAUGCCAUCAUCAUCAAUGUCAGCACUGGGUGCCCCUAGAGCACCAGGCGUGAACACCCUUGGGAGCCUCAGUGCCCAACAGGUCAUGAAACAGCAAGGUCCCCAGUCCACCCAGCAACCCAUGCAGCCUGGCAUUGACAGGCUCAGACUUGCUCAGCCAACAGAGUUAUCGAGUAUAUUCCCAGACAUGAAUCAACAGUUUACGAAGGAGGUUGAGGACGAGGCCAAUUCAUAUUUCCAGAGAAUAUACAACCAGCCCCCACACCCCACUAUGUCCAUUGACGAGGUGCUAGAAAUGUUGAAACGCUUCAAAGAUUCUGCUAACAGGAAAGAGAAGGAAGUGUAUGAGUGUAUGUUACGUAACCUGUUUGAAGAAUACCAAUUCUUCCCAAAAUAUCCGGACAGGGAGUUGCACACCACAGCUGUUCUCUUCGGUGGAAUUAUAGAAAAAGGAUUAGCUACGUAUAUGGCAUUGGGUAUUGCCUUACGCUAUGUUCUUGAAGCCCUGAAGAAACCCCACAAUAGCAAGAUGUACUAUUUUGGUAUUGCUGCCUUGGACAGGUUUAAAACACGACUGAAGGAUUAUCCGUCAUACUGCCAGCACCUGGCUGCUAUACCACAUUUCCCACAGUUUCCACAACAUUUAAUGGAGUUUGUGAAGUUUGGGGCCAGUAACCAGGAACCACCACAUCUGGCACAGACAACAACCCGCAGUCUGACACCUGUUACAGCCAGUCUUAACCUGCUCAGUGGUCAAUCAAUGUUCGGUAUUGGUUCCAACCUGACAUCGACCACCGGCAGCUCGGUGGUUCCAGGCCUAGAUGCCUUCAACCUGACAAACCUGCCACCUAUGUCGAGCAUGACAUCCACACCGACCACCACUGUUACCAUGACAACGGCUGUAACAGCCACACCUUCUACAACAACAACUGCCACUAAGACGCAACCCAUGCCAAAGCCAUCGAUAGCUAGUGCUACUAAUAUUGACACAUUGUUGGCUGGUCAGAGUAAAGAGGAAGUGGUCGUACCAUCAGAAUCUAUACAAGACAAAGUGUUCUUCAUCUUUAAUAAUCUCUCCAUGUCUAACAUGAACCAGAAGUGUGAAGAGUUGAAGAAGGAAGUAAAAGAUGAUCACAUGCAGUGGGUGUCGCAGUACCUGGUUAUGAAGCGUGCGAGUAUCGAGCCCAACUUUCACACACUCUACGCUAACUUCGUAGAUGCUCUGAACAUUAAAGAAAUCACAGACAUGGUUAUCCUUGAAACUUUCAGAAAUAUUAAGGUUCUGUUAAGAAGUGACAAAGGUGAUGCCAAUUUCUCAGACAGAACGUUAUUGAAGAACCUCGGACAUUGGCUAGGAAUGCUUACAUUAGCCAAGAACAAACCUAUUUUACAAAUUGACAUAGAUGUGAAAUCUCUCGUGUACGAGGCCUACCAUAAAGGUGCUAGGGAGCUGUUGUAUGUUGUACCAUUCUCGGCUAAAGUGCUUGAGUCAUGUGCUAAAAGCAAGGUGUUCAAACCUCCUAACCCGUGGACAAUGGGUAUAAUGAAUGUGCUAGCAGAAUUACAUCAGGAGCCAGAUCUGAAAUUGAACCUGAAGUUUGAAAUUGAAGUGCUUUGUAAAACACUUAACAUAGAUUUAAAUGAGUUAAAGCCAUGCAACUACCUUAAAGACACAUCCAGACUAAGUACUUACGAACCUCAGCUGUCAAUCAACAAGCAGAUCAUCCCACUGCCUGUAGUACAGCCCACUGUCACGCCUCAACCAGAGACAGGAGGCGUGGCCUUGACAAAUGUCACACCCACUGUGACCACAACCAGUAUCACUACAACAACAACACCAGGAUCUACUCCAAGUCUGCCUCCACAGCCUCAGUUUGCUUUUGAUGACAUCAACGUGACAUCACUAGCUGGACUCGCACCUCAUAUUGUGAUUAAUGACCAGAUUGCAGUAUUUCAAGCCCAGCCGCAGCUAAAGACAUAUGUAAGAGCUUCCCUGGAGAGAGCUGUACAAGAGUUACUUCCCCCUGUUGUUGAGAGAUCCAUCAAGAUUGCACUCACCACUUGUGAACAAAUCAUGAAAAAGGAUUUUGCGCUGGAUCCCGACGAGAACAGAAUGAGAGCUGCUGCACAUCGUAUGGUACGCAGUAUGACAUCAGGAUUGGCCCUGUACACAUGCCGGGAACCAUUGUACAUCGCUAUAUCUACAAACCUGAAAAAUGCUUUCAUGACAACUAUUAGGGGAGCCACCCAGCAACAGAAAGAUAUGAUAGAACAAGCUGCACAGGUUAUAGCCCAGGAUAAUACAGAGCUUGCCUCGGCUUUCAUCCAGAAAACAGCUGUCGAGAGGGCAAUACCAGAGAUGGACAAGAGACUAGCCACAGAUUUUGAUGCCAGGAAAGCAGCUCGAGAAAAGGGUAUCCGGUACUGUGAACCAGUGGUGUUGACCUACCAGGCUGAGCGAAUGCCAGAACAAAUCCGGCUCAAAGUUGGUGGUGAGACACCACAACAGAUUGCAGUGUAUGAAGAGUUUGCUCGCAAUAUACCAGGCUUUCUGCCACUGUCUGAACCGGCCCUGCCAGCCGGUGUUGCCAAACCUAUGCCGUCAUACGGAGGAACGCCGGAAGAGAUAAUGGUAAUUUACGAGAAAAUAGCUCGAGAGAUUGAACAACAUCUCCAGCACCUUAGUAACAUGCCGCCCAGUAACCCGCUGAUCGUUGUCAUCAGUAGCUUGAUGGAGGCAACCUUGAUGGCGAGAAGCUCCAGAGAUAUUGCCUCGGCUAUAGCUCUACUCCAGAAGGCUGUGGAAGGUUUGUUGGACCAUUAUACCAUGACCCAGGAAUAUGAAUUGAUGAUCAGGUUCCGAGAGUGCCAUCUCCUGGUACUGAAGGGACUGCAAGACGGCCGAGCAUUCGGUCCACAGUGGACCAAUAGACAAGUCACAAGAUGUUUGAUCGACUCGAGAGAGGAUCAUAGAUAUAACAUAGAAGCCGUAGAUCUGUUGAUCCGUAGUAGUCUAGUUAUCAUGGCACAGUAUGAUAUUUUUCUCGUACAACUGAUGGAGAAUGGCCUGAAUAUGAUCGCCAUAACGUUCGCCAUGCAGCUUGUGCAGAGAUAUUGUAUAGAUGAUAAGAUCAACAGCCAUGUAACCGAGUCUGACUUGGCAAACACAAUUGAUACCCUCAACUUGAUUGCUGCCAAGUUACGAGAUCCACCAGCAGGCCUUGAGAACUUGCUACAAAACUUGAGACAGAGUUCCGGUGGUGACUUCAGUAUGCUGGACCGGGCCCCAGUCGGUCCGAACUCCAUGAUGCAGUCUGGUAUAACCCAGGCUCGGGAGAUCGACGAUCCACCUGGACUGCACGAGAAAACAGAGUACCUGUUGAGAGAAUGGGUUAACAUGUAUCAUUCACCAGCCGCUGGUAGAGAUAGCACUAAAGCUUUCGGAGCAUUUGUACAACAGAUGCAUCAACAGGGUAUAUUGAAGACUGACGACCUCAUCACAAGGUUUUUCAGAUUGUGUACAGAGAUGUGUGUGGACUUGUGUUACAGGGCGCUAAGUGAGCAGACGCACAGUCCGACCCUGAUACGAGCAAAAUGCUUCCACACCCUUGAUGCUUUUGUUCGCCUGAUAGCGCUUCUUGUGAAACACUCCGGGGAUAAUGCAAAUACAGUUACCAAGAUUAAUUUAUUGAACAAAGUUCUGGGUAUAGUAGCCGGUGUCCUUCUUCAGGACCAUGAGGUACGUCAGACCGAGUUCCAGCAACUUCCAUACCAUCGUAUAUUCAUCAUGCUAUUUAUAGAACUGAACGCACCAGAACAUAUCCUAGAGAAUAUCAACUUCCAAGUGCUUACAGCAUUCUGCAAUACAUUCCACAUACUGCGUCCUGCUAAAGCACCAGGUUUUGCCUACGCCUGGCUGGAGUUGAUUUCACACAGGGUAUUUAUUGGCAGAAUGUUGGCACUAACACCUCAACAAAAGGGUUGGGGAAUGUAUGCACAGUUGUUGAUAGAUCUCUUCAAGUUCCUCUCUCCGUUCUUGAGAAAUGCUGAGCUAAAUAAACCAACACAUUUCUUAUACAAGGGAACUUUACGAGUCUUACUAGUCCUUCUUCAUGAUUUCCCAGAAUUCCUCUGUGACUACCAUUACGCCUUCUGUGAUGUCAUCUCGCCAAAUUGUAUUCAGAUGCGUAACCUCAUUUUGAGCGCGUUCCCACGUAAUAUGCGCCUACCUGAUCCAUUUACACCAAAUCUGAAGGUUGAUCUACUGGCAGACAUUCAACAUCCUCCAAGAAUACUGUCAAAUUUUGCCAACAUGAUUCAACCACCAUCAUUCAAGAAGGAUUUGGAUUCCUAUCUGAAAACAAGAUCUCCUGUGACAUUUUUGUCUGACUUGAGGAGCAGCCUACAGUCCAAUGAGCCAGGCUCCAGGUACAACAUACCUCUGAUGAAUGCCCUUGUACUGUAUGCAGGGACCCAGGCAAUUCAGCAUAUACACACAAAGGGCCUCACACCAAGCAUGAGUACAAUAGCUCAUUCUUCACACAUGGACAUCUUCCAGAAUCUUGCAGUGGAUCUCGAUACAGAAGGACGUUACUUGUUCCUGACAGCAAUAGCCAACCAGCUUCGAUACCCUAACAGUCAUACACACUACUUCAGCUGUACAUUAUUGUACCUGUUCGCAGAGGCUAAUACCGAGGCAAUACAAGAGCAGAUAACUAGAGUAUUAUUAGAGAGAUUGAUAGUAAACAGACCACAUCCCUGGGGACUGCUGAUCACUUUUAUAGAACUUAUCAAGAACCCGCAAUUCAAGUUCUGGAGUCACGAGUUUGUACACUGUGCCCCGGAGAUCGAGAAAUUGUUCGAGUCUGUAGCUAGAUCAUGUAUGCAGCCGAAGACAAGUGCAACCCCGUCCCGAGACCAAGAAUCUGCUGAAAUUCACUAGAACAUGCAGUCAUAAGAGAUAAACUGUUGAAAGUGACCAGAACAUAAAUGUGAAACUAAACAAGAAAUAUCUGGAAGACGAACCAGGCUGGAACACUGUAAAAUCAUGCCAACCUAUACCAAAAUUGCCAAAAAUUCAUCGGAACAUAAUAGCAUAUGAAGCUUUAUAAAGAUAAUAAGGAUCUGAUUCAAUAAUGUGCUAGAAUAAAGACGCAUGUGUGUGUUAAAGCAAUCUUAAAGAAAGAA